AAAAAGAUCCAGAGAUCAUAAACACAUAAGAAAAUCAACAGUGAAACAGAGAAAUUGGCAUAGCUUGUGACAUGCAGCAGACCAUCAUGUAAAAUCACCAACUUGUGGGAAAAAGCAAGGAAAGAAGUGCCCUAACUGAAAGUCUAAGAAAGAGAGAAGCAAAUGACAAAUGGAAAGAAGCAAACCAGAAAAGUAAAAGGAUUUGAUAAAGCCAACAAAUUGAUUUUUGAGAGAUUCAAAAGCCCACAUGCUCACAAGCUCCAAUUCCCAUUCUUGUGAAAAGCUUUGUUUAUUUUCAUCAAUGACGUAGCAGGAGGUCCAGAACGGAAGAGUUGAUAAGGCAGUGGCAGUGGAGUUCAUGAUGAUGAAGCCACAACUGAUGGUGGAAGCACCAAAAGCAGUUGAUGCAGUGCGAUUCUACAAGAUCGUAUUUGGCAUUGUUGAUAAUGGCUGUACUCUUUACCCUAAGUGCAAAGCUGAGCAGGAGCUCCCUCAUAUCCUUUCUGUUCAGCUUGAGCUCACUGGCUCUACCAUUCUCGUAUCUGAUAUUGGUGAUGACUUUACUCCGAUGAAAAGUGAAAAAACUGGAUGUGUGCUCUACAUUGAGACUGAGGACAUGGAAGCUGUUAUAGCCAAAGUCGUGAGUGCUGGAGCAGUUACAGAGGGUGACAACGCGUGCUGUGAUGGAUGUGUGGGUAAGGUCAAGGCUCCCUAUGGAUACGGUUGGCUCAUCUACUCUUUUGCCAAGAAAUGCACUGACGUUGAAGCUUAGAUGUCGUAUGAUCUUUGAUCUAUUUUUGUUGAACUUUAUGCUUUUA